CACCCAGUUAUUAGGACAUUGUCAGCUGUACCGUGUGUCAGUACCGUGCUGGUCCCAGAGUGUAUCCACGAAUCCUUCACACACACACACACAUACACACACGUACAUAACACCACACACACACAUACACACACACACACACACAAGCUCAGGUAUUACAGAGGCUCGUCGGUCGUCCAGGUGGGAAUGCCCGGCUCUAUAUCGUAUACUAACUCUUGUGUCGCUAAGGUCACACUUUCCCGUUCCCUCCAGCCCCGGGGCAGCAGGAGUCGCGGGAGGGAUGUGGCCCUUGCGUGGCGGCGGCGGCGGCGUGGCGGGGCGCUUCACGCUACUGCUGCUGAGCCUUCUGCUGUGUGUCCACCUGUCCCUGGCGCUCAUCAGCUCGCUGGAUUCAAUAGUGGAUAAAGUCAAGCAGAGAAUCGACCUCAAGCUUCCCAUGGUCUUCUCCUCCACCACCAGCCGCCCGCCGGUGAUCGUGUACAGCAGAGGCGGCAGAGGCCGAGCGAGAGGCUCCAACGCUGGCCUGACACGGGGGCGCGGCAACAGCAGGGGCAGGGGCGGGGGCUGGGGCGUGGCAGGCCGGGGCAAAGAGCAGGACGCAGGGGAGGCAAGGCACGCAGUGGCAAGCAACGUGUACACCGACCCUGUGUACACGCCCACACAUAACGUACACACGCCCACGGCCACUGUGCACACGCCUCCACGAGGAGCUCAGGUGACGCCUACCUGUCCGGGUCCCUUCGGCCUCUACCCACACCCACAGGACUGCUCUAAAUACAUCACCUGCAACUGGGGGAAGGGCACGGUCAUGUCCUGUGGGCCGGGCACACUCUUCAACCCCGCCAUCAGCAACUGCGACUGGCCCUACGCCUUCACGUGCAGCGCAACCCCCCUCCAUCCCCCGACACCCCAGCCUACCCCACAACCCCAGUUCAUCCCACCAGGCCACAGAAGGAAGCCUCAAGGACGUGGUGGACCCCCCGGGCAAAUAGGACGUAAUGCAGUGGUGGGGGUGAACAGAAACAGCCCCCCAGGACACAACAAAACUCCCCCAGGGCAAGGUGGCACUCCCCCAGGACACGGUGGCACUCCCCCAGGACACGGUGGCACUCCCCCAAGACACGGUGGCACUCCCCCAGGACAAAGUGGCACUCCUCCAGGUCACGGUGGCAGCCCCCCAGGACACAGCGAUUCCUCUCUAGGGUCCAUAUCAUCUCUGUUUGGAAGUGGGACAGAACUUGUGAGAUCCGCGGCCAAGUCAGUGACGGGGACUAUCGGCGGGCUGGCGACGCAGGGCCACCUCAGUAUCAAUAGUGCUCUGGAUCAGCUGGGCCACACCUAUAAGCGGACCAAGGCCAAGGGCAAGAGUCUCCUGAAGAAGUAUGGACUCACGGACACGGCGGCGCUCUGCUUGCGGCCCGACGGCGUCUUCGCCUACCCCAAGGACUGCGCUAAAUUCGUCAACUGCUGGAGAGGCCGACCCAGUCUUCAGCCGUGUGCUCCUGGGACGCUCUUCAACGCGGCCAAGGGCGUGUGUGACUUCCCCUCUAAAACAGUCUGUACCAAAGCGAAAAAGUCCCAACCGAGCGCCGCCAGCGUGUCGUACGUCGUCCCUCCUCCCUCGGGGCAGAGCAUUCGACUGAGGGGAAGUGACGUGCCCUGGGCUGGAUACGUGCAGGUGAGCGAAGGUGGAGGAAAGUGGCAGAUGGUGGCGGACGAGGAGGGACGCUGGACCAUGGCCGAGGCCUCGGUGGUGUGCAGGAGUCUGGGCUUCUCGAGGGGCGCCGAGACAGUUUCCCAGGGCGCGGUGUUUGGGCUCCUGCCGGGAUACAGUGCCGGUGUGAAGGCCGUGGUCUGCCAGGGACAUGAGGAACAGCUGACGGAGUGCCAACUGACCACAGGCACGAGGGAGAACUUGGAAAGGACUGUUGUGGGUGUGCAGUGCGUGAGGAACUGGGUGUCGGAGUGCAAGGUGGGGGGCGUGAGGUGGGGGGACAAAUGUUACUACGUGGACACCUCCUCGCCCCCCACCACCCACGCCCACGCCAGGGAUGGGUGUGUCUCCAAGGGCGCCAGACUGCUCUCCAUCACGUCACAGGCCGAGAAUGACUUCGUGUCCGACUUGCUGUCCUCGUUGGCCGGGGACACCACAGGCUUCCACACGGGCGGCGUCAGGACCCAGGUGUUCGACGACGUGUUUUGGGUCUGGCAGAACACCUCCACGUUGCCCACGCCGGACCUGGCCUUUUCCAAGUGGUGGCCAGGGUGGAACGUGACCGACGGGAGGGGAACGGGAGGGGCGAGGACGGCGGCGGGGGGAGGCAGUGGCGGCGGUGGUGGUGUGUCGGGGGCGGCUGCCGUGUCGGGGAACAAGUGCGUGGUUCUCAAGGACAACUUCCCUAUUACGCAGGGGGGCGAAGGGGGAGACGCGCCCGCAGAGUACUUUUUCUGGCAGCUGACUGACUGCGAGGAAAAACUCCACUUCGUAUGCGAGACGGAAAAGCUGGACGUGGGCUGCGUGCUGGAGAGGGGCGUCAACUACACAGGGGCGGCCAGGGUGACGGGGAAGGGCGAGGCUUGUUUGCCCUGGGACCACCACUCGCUGCGGCUGAAAGUGAGGGACCUGCUGCCCCACCAACCCCUCCUCGAAAACUACUGCACUAAUCCUGAUGGUGACGACUUUCCUUGGUGCUUCACAGGCCAGGGCAGAGCCAGCGUGUGCGACAUCCCGAGGUGUGAGAGGCAGACGAUGGUGGAGGAGGAGUGCGGGGCCGACAAGUUCAGGUGUGCCUCAGGUGACUGUGUGAACGGCGUCUGGUACUGCGAUGGCCACCAGGACUGCGAGGACGGUAGCGAUGAGGUAGACUGCCGGGACUACAGCCUCGGGUUCAGCAAGAGCGUGAACCAGAAGCUGACGGGGCGGGAGGUGGAGAAGUGGCUCUACACCCUGAAGACCACGUGUGCCGCCCGCUGCGUCCAGGCCAAGAACUUCGUGUGCAUGUCCUUCAACUACCAGCAGUCCUCGGAGACCUGUGUUCUGAGUGGCAGCACCGUGAGUCGCUCGGGCGGGCUGGAGGAGGCGCCGGGCUGGGAGUACUACGAGAUGCACACCCACGCUAUGGAUUGCACCGCCAGCUUUGUCUGUGGCGACGGCCUGUGUCUGAACUCUACGCAGCGGUGUGACGGCCGGAGGGACUGCAAGGAGGGGGAGGACGAGGAUGGCUGUCAGGACGAUAUCAACUUCGCCGUUCGCCUGGUCAACGGGUCUUCGCCGAAUGAGGGUCGAGUCGAGGUCAGAGCCUUCGGUCGUUGGGGCGCGGUGUGUGAUGACAUGUGGGGUAUGCUGGAGGGCGACGUGGUGUGUCAGUCCCUCGGCUUCCACCUCGGCGCCAGGGAAGUGUUUCUCAACUCGUACUUCGGCUCAGGAGGUCUCCCAUACCUGAUGGAUGAUCUCAACUGCAAGGGCAACGAGGCUACGCUUGCCGAGUGUGACUUCGCGGGCUGGGGCGAACACGACUGUCGGGCAGCACAGGAGGUGUCGGGAGUGCGUUGCUUCACGGAGGGGGACGAGUGCGGGCGUGACCAGUGGCGGUGUAAUAACGGGAGGUGUGUGGAGAUCACCUUCCUCUGCGACACCGUAGACGACUGCCGCGACUCAUCCGACGAGGACAGAGCCAUGUGCGAGUCGCCAAUGGAAGUCCGGUUGGUUGGGGACGAGGAGCCCGGCCGCGGCGCCUCCGAGGGCAGGGAAGGGACGGCCAUGACAUCAGGCCGUGUGGAGGUCCGCUACUUGGGCAUGUGGGGCACCGUGUGUGAUGACGACUUCGGCUUCGAGGAGGGGCAUGUGCUGUGUCGCAUGAUGGGGUGGGAGCGAGCCGUGCACGUCUACAAGAACAAUACGUAUGGCCCAGGGACAGGCUCCAUCUGGCUCGACGACCUCCGCUGCAUCGGCUACGAGUCUUCGGUGGAGGAUUGCCAGCACAUGCCGUGGGGACUCAGCAACUGCGAGCACAACGAGGACGUGGGUCUCCAGUGCACCAAUGACACCGUCCCCACCGACGCCACCGACUCCUCUUCCUUAGACCCUGUUGGCUCGUCCCCGGAGUUGCCUGCAGCGGGUGAAGGAGAUCCGUCACCCGCCACGCCCACCGAGGCCCUGCCAGAGACUUGCGGCCGGAGGGUGGUGGAGGACAACCCGAUGGCCCCGAUCAUGGAAAAGCCCAAAAUCGUGAGCGGCCACACACCCCUGCCCGGCGCUCACCCCUGGAUGGUGGCAAUUUACCUGCGCACGAAGACGGGGCCGAAGCAGAGCUGUGGCGGCGCCGUUCUGAGCGAGGAUGUGGUGCUGACGGCGGCUCAUUGCGUCGUCAAGUACCCGCCCUCCACCUACAUACUGAAGAUCGGCGACUUCAACGUGGAGGAGGAGGAGGAAGGGCAGCAGGAGUUCCGGGUGAGUUCCAUCGCCAUACACCCCAAGUUCGACAAGGGACCUUACCUCAACAACGACGUGGCUCUUCUGAGGAUCAAGAGGAAGAACGGCAGAGGCAUACAGUUUGGACGCAACGUGCAGCCCUUGUGUCUGGUGCCCUCCCGCUGGACCUACCCUUCCCUCCUCAACUGCACCGUGGCGGGAUGGGGCAGCUUGGGAAUCGCUCUUGGAUACUCCAAGGUGCUUCAGUCCGCCCUGCUGCCCAUCCUGCCGCAGUCCACGUGUCAGGCCGAUCACGUGUACGGCCCCACGAGGCUGACGGAGGGGAUGUACUGCGCGGGGUACCUGGAGGGGGGCGUGGACACCUGCCAAGGGGACUCCGGGGGGCCCAUGGUCUGCCUGGUUGAGGGUCGUCACACGGUCGUGGGCAUCACCAGCUGGGGCCACGGGUGCGCCAGACCCAACAAGCCAGGUGUCUACACCAAGCUCACCCACUACCUCUCCUGGCUCUACUCAAACCUGGGCUGAUGCUCCUCCUAGGCUCCUCAUAUGUUACGCUUUGCUCUUUUAUGAAGUACACCUACCCCUGAACUAUCUAUCACACGUUCAACACUUUCUUCUUAGUCGAGUUCAUUGUAAGGAAAGACACACACAUGAAUUGGUUGGUGCUCCUCAUGCGUCCCUAUUUUUUCUGAAGUGUAUGGGAGUGCUCAUGCAAUACAAAUACUUCUGAACUAUAUCUUAUCACUCGUCAAACACAUUUCUUUCUUUGUCAGUUUCAUUGAAAUUAAGGACAGACAUGGAAUGGUAGAUGCUCUUCAUACGUCUCUCUUGCUCAAGUUUGUUUUGGGAAUGUUCAUGAAGUACAAAUUCGUAGCCUACAAAGAAUUAUCAUUUCUCUUACGCUUCUGCCUUUGUCAAGUCACAAGUGUAUAUAGAAGGUUCCGAUAAUAGUUAUACAUGAGCUGUCACGAUUGCUGUGACUUUCCUUCCAUCUCCCAACCAUGCACUUUUGUAUAGCCCUCUGACGCCUACGUAAGCAAUCAGCUGAACCUGGAGACACACUCCUAUAGGAAAAAAAAAUGCACUAAGAAAGAUAAUCAGGAUGUGGAGAAUUAAAAUAGGAUCGUAUAAACUGAAGCAGAUGUAUGAGUCCAAGAACGGGGAAAAAUAAAGUUCAGUUCGAACAGUUAUUCGGUAGAGUUACGAUUGUAAAAGGACACACACACACACACACACACACACACACACACCCACCCACACUACUAGACAAAUAAGGGGAUACAGCUGUAAAUAAAUAAAUAUAUAUAAACAAAGGCAAUAAACAAAUAAAUAGAUGAAUUAAUAUAUGAAUAAAAAUGAAUGUAGCUGUUAAUAAAUAAAUGUAUAAGCUGA